CUGUCAGCGUUUGGUCAGCAAAUGUCUCCACACCACGGAGAGGUUGCUGAAGAAAACUGGAACUGAGCACUGGUGGUUGGAGCGGCACUUGAAAGAUCCCUUUGUCAAGGCAACAAAGCGGCAGCAUUACCGUUGCCGAAGUGCCUUCAAAUUACUGGAAAUUGAUGAUAAGCUUCAUAUUCUUCGCCCAGGACUUUCUGUUCUUGACUGUGGAGCUGCGCCUGGUGCUUGGAGUCAGGUUGCUGUAGAGAGGGUAAAUGCCUUAGGUACCGAUCCUGCUGUCCCCACCGGCUUCGUCCUUGGCGUUGACCUCCUGCGGAUUUCUCCUCUGGAAGGAGCAGUCUUCCUGUCGGAGGCUGACAUUGCAGACCCAAGCACGCUGAGGACAAUUCAGUCUCUGCUUCCUGCAGAGAAGGUGGAUGUUAUCUUGAGUGACAUGGCACCUAAUGCGACAGGCAUUAAAGAGCUGGAUCAUCAGAAGCUGAUCAAUUUAUGUUUAGGCCUUCUGAAUCUAUCCCAAAUUAUUUUAAAGCCAAAAGGAACGAUGCUCUGUAAAUUCUGGGAUGGAUAUGAGUCCCGUCUUCUGCAAAACAGACUGAAGGAGCAGUUCCAAGAUGUGAGAACUAUAAAGCCUCAGGCCAGCCGGAAGGACUCUGCUGAAUCUUACUAUUUGGCAAGAGUGUACAAAGGGAAAUGAAAGCUGAGAACCGCCGAUUAUCAAACAAGUGACCAGACAUUGAUUGGAUAUCUGAAUUUGGCAUGUGUUUAAAGAAAAAUCCCACUAUUAAGACCC